AUGCCAAUUCCUUCUACGUACGACGAGCAGCACCGUGAUAUUUUGCGUUCCCUCGCCAAAUAUAUCGAGCGGAAUAAUCCCCACCACCCACCGUUUGAAACUAUUUUUAACGAGCCUCUUAUACUUCAUCGGUAUGUUUCGCAAAUGCGGGUGAACUGGCUGGAGGUGUCCUCAGCAGUCAACAUCGAUCGAAACCGUGCGUACCACUGGUAUUAUGAAACCCAUCUGCGUAAGAUUAUAGAUGCCAAGGUCACCUUUGAUGACAAAGAGAUAAUUAGAGAUAUGAUCUUGAAAGGGAUCGAGGACAAAAGCAUUCUGGCAAGCGAUUUUCAAGCACGAAUCAAGAGCAGAAUGAGCAAGGAGUACCAUCGCGCGGAAUUUACUAUGACAUAUAACAAUAUCCUCCGGAGUAAGGCGGUGAAGAUGGCGAUGAUGAAGGCAGGAGUAUCUCUUUCUGGAAAGAAGACAAGACUAGACAUAACAGAUGAGUUCUGUGCGCGUCGGACGAAGGGAAGCACGCUAAUGUACUCGGGCACUUCUGGCGCGUCAUCUCCGAAUUACGUAGCAUACAACGGGCAGAAAACGCACGGAUCUAGCAUUGUUGGCUUGCCGGGAUCCAGGAUGGGAGCCCUCACGCCACAAAGCAGGGGGUCCCACAGCGAUAUUAACAUAGGCCCAGGAGCGCAUAGUGUAGGCUUUACCAGCACAAUGCACUCACACGCGUCUACCCCUGGCUACUAUACGCCGCGCACAUACGGCACCGAGGUGCAGACCCCGGUUGGAUACGAAGAGGGCGAGGGGGCAAGUCUGGACUCCCAUCUCAGUGACAACAUGCGGUUAUCCUUUCCGUCUAUUGACAUUGGAGGUAAUAAGCAAGUGCUGGACGGCAGCGGCCUGGGCUUAUCGAGCAUUCCAGACCCGUCCUUGAUCCCCAAUUCUUAUUAUCUUAGAACACAGGCCCAGCAUGCGCCGAACUGGCGCGGGGUCAAUACCCUUGCCUCCGGGGAUUUUUCUAAGCACAUUCCUCUGACCAUGUAUCAACAGCUCAGGCAGGAUCAGCCGCUUAAUAACUAUGUGGGUGCCCCCCAAGGAAACAUGUUUCCGCAUCGGAGUAACCGGUUAAGUUAUGAAUCGUCCCCUAUCAUGGUUGCUGAUAACGGGACUCCUCUGCAGCAGCCUCAUUCAGCGGGUCUGUACAUCGAAAACAUCCCUCCUGCGGGACAGCAGUCUGUACCACCUACCGAUGACCACCGUCAGUACCCCGCUGGACUGUCGCACAACGGAACCAGCAUGUCGUGCAAUCAUAGCAUUAACGUUGGGUACCCUUCCAAUAUGAGCAACGGCGGUAACUCCAUAUCGAACAUGGGCAUGUGCUUUCAAGGGCAGAUGCAUCAUGUGCCCAGCUUCUUGAACUUCGUACCCAACAGUAUGCAGCAUACCAUGCCACUCGGAGUCGAUGCUUCGUUUACUGCGUACGCACCGUACGGCGGCAUGCAGAAUGCCGUCGGUAUUAAUCGCAACGAGACGCCAUUAUCCUUCGGAGAGAUCGAUCCAUUCUCCUCUCAGCAGGCCGUCAAAAUGCCUCUAGAGUUCCUGGACGGCUUCUCCUCCACAAGAACAACCACCAUGCCCGGUUUAGCUAUGUCUCAGUCCGGAGCUGAACCUGAAUCCGGUGAGGUAGGUUAUUUCAAGACAGCCCCUGCUCCGAUGUAUACGGAUGGCAGGGAGUACAGUAUAGGGGCGGCCUCCAAUGAAAGCGGAGCGCCAAUCAAAGAAGUCAGGGAAGCUCGAGAGGCCACGAAUCCCAUUGUUUCAGAAUCAAACCAACAGGAGGUCAAGAAGGAUGACUUUCCAUGGGAUCAGCUUGGGGAAAAACUAAAGCCCUUGUGGGACAGGUCAUCAGCGGCCCUGUUAGAGUAA